UCUGAUGGAAGACUAAUUUAAUCAUAUGAACUCUCACCAACCCCACUUCGAGAUUCCCCUAUGCCCAUCAUCAUCAUUCCCCUAUCAGAAAAAUAAUAGAAGUGUCUCUUAGUUCCAAAAUCAUCUUCCAAGAAGAAGAAACAGAACAGAGAAAUGGAAGGGGAGAUUCACAGUUUCAUAGUGGUAUGGGCUAUUAUCUUAACAAGUUUAUGUUAUUCUCACACAAUUGUUAAAUUCUUUCCCAAAGGCAAAUCAAGAUUUGUGGCUAUAAUUCCAAUAGUUUGUUUAUUUUUCAUUCUUCCUCUUUAUCUCACCUCCAUUAAUCUUGGUGGCACUACUUCUUUCUUCAUAGCAUGGUUAGCCAAUUUCAAGCUCCUUCUUUUUGCUUUUGGUAAAGGUCCUUUGUCAUCAACCCCACCUCUACCACUUUCAACGUUCAUACCCUUGGCUUGUUUGCCUAUAAAAUUUCAAAAAUAUUCAACUAGAGAUGUUGCAACCACAAAAAAGACCACAAAUUCAACUUCCAAUCUUGUCACCAAGAUUGCACUCCUAGCCAUAUUGAUAAGGGUGUAUAAUUAUAAUAACCAUUUGCAUCCACAAUUCAUUCUCUUUUGUUAUUGCCUCCACAUUUAUUUGUUCUUAGAAAUCACAUUGACCAUGGUUAGCAAUAUGGUUCGAGUUGCGAGUCGAGUUGAGCUCGAGCCACCUUUUGAUGAGCCUUACAAGACUAGCUCACUUCAAGAUUUUUGGGGUAAAAGGUGGAAUGUCAUGGUAACUAAUAUACUGCGUCCCACCGUUUAUGAUCCUGUUCGGUCAAUGAUGACGAACAGGAUCUCGAGGAAGUGGGCCUCACUUCUUGGCAUACUCGCGACGUUUUUCGUCUCGGGGAUAAUGCAUGAACUAAUUUUUUACUACAUUGCAAGAGUGAAGCCUAGUUGGGAAGUAACUUGCUUCUUUAUAAUCCAUGGGGUGGCUUUGAGUCUUGAAAUUAUGAUCAAAAAAUUGUUGAAUGGCAAAUUUUUGGUCCCUAAGUUCAUUUCGGGGCCAUUAGCAUUAGGAUUUAUAAUUUUGACCAGUUUUUGGUUAUUUUUUCCAUCAUUGUUGAGGGGUCAGCCAGAUGUUAAAGGAUGUACUGAAUGUCUUGCUUUUACAGAAUUUGUUAGGUAUGGUAAACUGGUUAGUCCUGCCAAUAUCACUUGUCCUUUCCUGUAAGAGUAGGUAAUUAUUCACACUAAAAUAGAACAGUCUCAAAUUGCGUAACUUUUAAUUUCAAAUAUUUUGUUUUUUCCUUUUUUCUUUUGUUUUUUUUGUUUUUUGUUUUUUGUUUUUGUUUUGAUAUUCAGAGUCCAUAGUGUGAGGACCCACCAUGUCAUCAUGCCACAUAGGUGACACUUGGCACAUAUAUUUGCCAUGUGGAAUGAUU